CUGUAGGCCCGCCUGUGGGCCCGCCCGGGGCCCGAUUGUAGGUCAGGUCUGGGCACAACUUCCCUGGAAGUGUGGUGGCGGGUGCCGCUGGUAGGAAGACCAUGGCUGGGGGUGUGUGGGGCCGGGGCAGGGGUGGCCCCGUGGGGUCCCUAACUCUGACAGCUCUAGCUGAAGGAAUCCGGGCUAACCAGGGACAGCCUGUGGGACCCUCUUCCCCAGGCCCUCAGGCUGAGCCCCUGGAGCGUGGACCAGGGGCUGAGAUCUACACUCAAACACUGACCCCGGCCUUCGAGGCGCAGCCUGGGAACGAAGGGGUCGCCCCCACAGUUGGCAGUGAGAACUGUUCCCCACAGGAUGCCCAGGAGCCAGCACCUGAGAGACCCUUCCAGGCCUCCCUGUAUCCCUGGGAGGAAGGGGCCCUUGCCGACCUUGCGUUGUAUACAGCUGCCUGUCUGGAGGAGGCUGGCUACGCCGGGACCCAGGCAACAGCGCUCACUCUGUCCUCAGCCCUGGAAGCCCAGGGACAACGACUGGAGGAUCAGGUCCACGGUCUGGUGCGUGGGCUGCUGGCACAGGUGCCUAGCCUGGCAGAGGGGAGACCCCGAAGGGCAGCUCUACGGGUGCUGAGCGCACUGGCUCUGGAGCAUGCGCAGGAUGUGGUGUGUGCGCUGCUACACAGUUCACUACCCCCGGACCGGGUGGCCGCCGAGCUGUGGCGAAGCCUGAGCCGAAACCAGCGCGUAAAUGGGCAGGUGCUGGUGCAGCUGCUGUGGACGCUCAAAGGCGCAGGGGGUCCCGAGCCUGGAGCCCUGGCAGCCACGCGUGCCCUUGGGGAGAUGCUGGCAGUCUCCGGCUGCGUGGGAGCCACUCGAGGCUUCUACCCUCACCUGCUGCUAGCACUGGUCACACAGCUGCACGAGCUAGCUCAAGGCGCUCACUCCCCUGACAGCCCUAAGGUGUGGGAGCCUUGUCACCGAGGGCCACCUCACAGCCACGCCAGCUGCACGGUGGAGGCCUUGAAGGCCCUGCUCACGGGAGAUGGUGGCCGAAUGGUAGUCACAUGUAUGGAGCAAGCCGGAGGCUGGAGGAGACUGGUAGGAGCCCACACGCAUCUGGAGGGUGUCCUGCUGCUGGCCAGUGCAAUGGUGGCGCACGCCGAUCACCACCUGCGAGGCCUUUUUGCAGACCUGCUUCCUCGGCUACGAAGUGCCAGUGACCCGCAGCGCCUCACAGCUAUGGCCUUCUUUACUGGGCUGUUGCAGAGCCGGCCCACGGCACGGCUCUUACGGGAGGAAGUCAUCCUGGAGCGACUUCGAACUUGGCAGGGCGACCCAGAGCCCACCGUGCGCUGGCUAGGCCUACUUGGUCUUGGUCACCUUGCAAUGGAUCAUGGGAAGAUAAGGCAUGUGAACACGCUGCUGCCGGUGCUCCUAAGGGCGCUGGGCGAGGGCGAUGCGCGGCUCGUGGGCGCCGCGCUAGGCGCGCUGCGGAGACUCCUGCUGCAGCCAGGAGCGCCCGUGAGACUCCUGAGCUCUGAGCUGCGACCACGCCUCCCACCGCUGCUGGACGAUGCUCGGGACUCCGUCCGUGCUUCAGCAGCGGGACUCCUUGGAACCCUGGUGCGGCGGGGUCAGAGCGGGCUCCGGCUGGGGCUCAGGGGACCCCUGCGGAAACUGGUGCUGCAGAGCCUGGUGCCGCUGUUGCUGCGCCUACAUGACUCCAGCCGGGAUGCUGCUGAGAGCUCAGAGUGGACAUUAGCCCGCUGUGACCAGGCCCUUCGAUGGGGCCUGUUGGAGGAGAUGGUCACUGUGGCUCACUAUGACAGCCCCGAGGCUCUAAGCCGUGUCUGCCACCGCCUGGUUCAGAGAUAUCCAAGCCAUGUUAAGCAUUUCCUGAGUCAGACCCAGGGCUACCUGCGGAGCCCCCAGGACACCUUGCGCCGGGCAGCCACUGUGCUCAUAGGCUUCCUCGUCUACCAUGCUCGCCCCAGUGGAGUCAGUCAGGACCUGUUGGACUCUUUGUUCCAGGACCUAGGACAGCUGCAGGGCGACCCGGAGUCUGCGGUUUCCGCGGCAGCGCACGUGUCUGCCCAGCAGGUGGCGCUGCUUGCCCGGGCGCAGGUCCAACCACGCCGCUCCAGCCUCUUCCGCUUCAUCCGCCAGCAUUCAUACCCUACAAGGCCCCAUCCACUCUAUGACGAUAGUCCGUUCCUACGCCGGAGCCUUGCGGGCCGAUGGAGCUGCCCUGAACCUCGUUGAGCCAGGCCAGGUAUCCAAAUUCCUGGGCACACACUAUUCAUGCUGUCACCAAUCCCUACUACAGCAGAUCUGCAGAAGAGGCUUGCUCCAAGGACAGUGGCACCCACUGCCCUGUAACUAUUUUCUGUGACAGCUGUGUCGCGGAGGGCACAUUCCAUCUCAAGUCCUUCCAGUAGUCUUGGUCUAUCUAUUUAUUCUCGGCCAGGCCAGUUCGGCCAACUCCUGGAGUGUGCCCUCUGCUCUAGGUUAGACCUGGCAUCCGUCCUGCAUGGCUUCUGCUUCCCAAGCAAGGAUCUGGCACUGAAGUUGAUGCCGCCGUAGGAUGCGCUGCCCUCUUCCUAGGGCUCAGUAUGCCUAGCCAUAGUCUUGUUUUUUGUUUUUUGGUUUUUUGGUUUUUCGAGACAGAAGGUUUCUCUGUGUAGCUUUGGAGGCUGUCCUGGAACGAGCUCUUGUAGACCAGGCUGCUCUCGAACUCACAGAGAUCUGGCUGCCUCUGCCUCCCGAGUGCUGGGAUCAAAGGCAUGUGCCCCCACCGCCCGGCGCCUGGCCAUCGUCUUAGCCGCCACGGCUUUCCUAGUUAUGUCAGGAGUCCAUCGACCCUGUUUCUUCUCCAUUCUCCAUUCCUCACAGCUGUCCUGGCUUGUGUCAGGCCAGGUGAGGAGACACCCCAGGACAACACAACAGGAGGCAUUGACUUGCUCUCCUGUCCCUACUCCUUUGGAUAACCAAUCCAUUUCCUACCCCAACUCAUGUCAGAACCCACGUGGUCUCUAGAAGGUAUCCCUGAGAUCCCUCUGUGCUGGAGAGCCCCAGCCAGGGCUGUACCUGUGUGCUGAAGCAUGGGGAGCAGGCAUUCCACACCCACCACCAGACUGCCCAAUGUCCUGCACAGGGCUCAAAUGGGAAGGCAGGCUGGACAGACAGGAAGAGCCAGCCACGGGCGUGACCCCACCCCUCCAGGCACUCACAUAGGCAGCUUCCUCCACUUAGAAUUAGGGUGUCGUCAGGCUGCCGGGAGACCUCACAACUUAGCAUAUGCACAGGGCAGUGAAUAAUGCCAGGAAGCCGUUUCCCCACCCCGGAGUCUCUCUGGGACAAGCUUGGGACCCUGUUUACCUAGCCCCUUCACGGGAGGUGCUCAGAAUAAACACGAGUGGGUGGCAGGGGUUGGACAACUGUCCCAGAAAGCGGUUGUUAUGAGCUCGGCCCUGCACAAGAUCCAGCUUGGCUUGCGGUGAGCAAAGCGGUGUGCAGCAAGGCUAACAGCAGCGGCUGGGGACGGGGCACUUGUUGCUGCUACAACUCCAGUCCCCAGGACCACCAGCUUCUCCCGCAGACAGCCCUCCUACUGCAAGUCCAGCAGCUAGCGGCUGGAGUUUGACCUAUGCCCUCCCUUUCUUCUUUGUUUGUUUUGUUCAUUUUUUUUUCCAAGACAGGGUUUCUCUGUGUAACAGCCCUGGCUGUCCUGGAACUUGCUAGGUAGACCAGGCUGGCCUCGAACUUGAAGAGAUCCACCUGCCUCUGACUCCCGAGUGCUGGGAUUAAAGGCGAGUGCCACUGCCCAGCUUUUUUUCUGUUCUGUUUUGUUGGUGCCCCUCCCCUUCCACAUAGAGCCUCUUGUAGGCCCAGCCAAUCCCGUCGCCUUUCACUGGCGAGCUCACUGGACCUUCCAUCUGGGAUUUGGGUGUGGUGGGCAAGACCUGCCUAUGCUCUGCCCUCCAGGACCUAAGGGCCCCGAAUCGUUGUGGGGCGCCAUGUUUUCUAGGAUCUGCUUCCAGGGGUUUUUCAAAACACUUCUGGGUAAGAUGGCUGUCCUGGCUAGUUUUAUGGACAUAAGCUAGUCCCGUGAAAGGAGGGAGCCUCAGUUGAAAAAAUGCCUCCAGCUGAAGAACAUUGUCUUAAUUCGUGAUUGAUGGGGGAAGGCCCAGCCCAUUGUGGGCGGUGCCAUCUCUGGGAUGUAGUCCUGGGUCUAUAAGAAAGCAGGUCGGGAAGCCAUGAUGAGCAAAUCAGUAAGCAGCACCCUCCAUGGCCUCAUC